UCGCGGAGGCAGUGUGUCUGCGUGGGGGAGAAGGACGAGCUGCUGGAGGGUGAUAAAAGGCAAUGUGGCGGGAGCACACGAGCAACCCAGGGGUGGAGGAGCAUCAAGUGGCCUGUUGAUGGAAAGGACUAUGAGAUGUUUGCUGCUGGUCUCUGCCCUCUGCUUGGCUGGCUGUGAAGGCAACAAGAGUGAGCUGGCAAGGCCACGUGACUCAAGGCGAGGGCUUGCCCUCCAUUUCAAGAGGAGCCCAGAUGCCUGCCUGCCAAACCCAUGCCAGCAUCAGGGGAACUGCCGGGUGAUGGAGGACAGACCAGUUUGCAGCUGCAAACCAGGCUUCACAGGCUCGUUCUGCCAAGAUGUGGUACUGAAGUUGGCCUGUGAGGAAGAGCACAUGAAGAUGAUGGUGAGGAAGGAGGUGUUUGAACUCUUGAAAAUCCCCCGGGAACUUGUCCACUUGAAGAACCAGGAAUGCAAGGUCUCAGAAAUGGAAGAAGACGAUGAGCUUUUUUUUGCAGCCACUCUCACAGGUGAAAACCACACUGCCUGUGGAUCAAUAAUUCAGCGAAAUAGCUCCCAUAUGUCGUACUCCAAUGUCAUUGAGUCAGAGCAGGAAGAGCAUGGAGGUGUGAUCUCCCGGAGGUUUCAGCUGGAGGUGCAUUUCUCCUGCAUCUAUGCCUACGAGCAGGUGGUGAAACUGCCCUUCGCUCUCACUGCUGUUGACAAGCUGGUGCAGUUCGUGGUCAGAGAAGGACACUUCAACGUCAGCAUGAGGCUGUACAAGACUCCCUCCUACCUCCAGCCCUAUCACCUGCCAACCACAGCCAUCCCCAUCACGGACACACUCUAUGUCCUGCUGAAGAUAGAAGGACAGCAGCAGCUCAAAUACUACCUGCUGAGUGUUGAGGACUGCUGGGCUACACCAAGCACCGAUCCCUACCAGGACAUGCGGCACGAGCUCAUUGAGAAGGGGUGUCCCCAUGAUGAGACAGUGACAUACCUGAAUGCUAUCGGAGAGAGCACUACCGCCAAGUUCAGCUUCCAGAUGUUUCGGUUUGUGGGUUACCCCGAGGUGUUCCUGCACUGCCGUGUCCGGCUCUGUGUCCCCGACAGCCUGGAGCCCUGUUCCAAGCAAUGCCCCAGGCACAGGAGGAGUAAGCGGGCACUGGAGGAAGACUCCAGUAAGAUUGUCUCCUAUGGGCCCAUCCACCUGCUGGCUGCUCCUUCCUUGGGCAAAGAGAUCCACCAUUCCAGGACUGACCAACAGGACCUGGGGGGUCCCAACCCAUGGCUCCCUGUGGCCCUCAUCCUGCUGUGCGCGCUUGGUGUGCUCACUGUGGCUGCUGCAGCCACCAGCGCCAGGCAGAGAACGGCUGUUCCCUAAUAAAUGUGACAGUA